AUGAAAACCUCCCCACUCACAUCAAUUUCCACCUACAUAGAAUCCAUCACCUACACCUCAGGCGCCGACCUCUCAACCCCACCAGCCCUGCGAUUCCUGCACUACAACGACGUCUACCACGUCGAACCCGGCUCGCGCGAACCCGUCGGCGGAAUCGCAAGAUUCCAAACCCUAUGCAACUCCUACCGAUCCUCGAUCCCAGACUCAAAAUACGCUGGACAAUCUGACCUCCUCACCUUCUUCUCCGGAGACGCUUUCAACCCCUCGCUCGAAAGUUCCGUCACCAAAGGAAAACACAUGAUCGCACCCCUCAACGACAUUGGAACCGACGUCGCGUGUUUGGGGAAUCAUGAUUUGGAUUUUGGCGUUGAGCAGUUUGAAUUUCUGAAGGGGAAGUGUAGAUUUUCUUGGCUUUGUGCGAAUGUUUUGGAUCCUGCGUUGGGGGAACACGUUCCGAUCGCGAGGUGUCGGAGGACAGAAGUUUUGACCGCGUCGAAUGGGAUUCGGGUCGGGGUUAUUGGGGUUGUGGAGAGGGAGUGGUUGGAUACGAUUAAUUCGCUGCCGCCGGAUUUGAAGUAUUUGAGUGCUACGGCUGUGGUGAGGGAGUUGGCGGGGAAGCUGAGGGAGGAGGAGAAGGUGGAGAUGGUGGUGGUUGUGAGUCAUCAGAGGGAACCGAAUGAUUUGAAGUUGGCGAGGAAUUUGGAGGCUGGGGUGGUGGAUCUGGUGUUAGGUGGGCAUGAUCAUUAUUAUGCUCAUCAUGUGGAUGAGGGGAGUGGGGUGCAUGUUUUGAGGAGUGGGAGUGAUUUUAAGCAGUUGAGUUAUAUUGAGGCGAGGAGGAAGGUCGGUGGUGGCAAAGGUUGGGAUUUUGAUAUUACGAGGAGGGAUGUGGUUUCGAGUGUUCCGCAGGAUCAGGCGGCGGUGGAGAUGGUCGAGAAGAUCACGGCGAGUCUGAGACCCAAGCUGGAGAAACCGAUUGGGUAUACUUCUGCGCCGCUGGAUGCGAGGUUUACGACUGUUCGGACCAAGGAGAGCAAUCUGGGCAACUUCACCUGCGACUUGAUGCGGUUUCAUUACAAUGCCGAUUGCGCCAUCAUGGCGUCAGGCACGAUUCGAGGGGACCAGGUGUAUCCGCCAGGAGUUUUACGGGUCAAGGACAUGAUGAAUUGCUUUCCGUUUGAAGAUCCUUGCGUUGUAAUCGCAUUGAAGGGCAGCCAGAUUGUGGAGGCACUCGAAAACGGGGUUAAGACGUAUCCUGCCCUCGAAGGACGAUUUCCGCAGGUUAGUGGAAUUGAGUUCACGUUUGAUGCUUCGAAGGAGCCCGGCCAGAGGUGUUCGGACAUCAAGAUUGGUGAGAAGCCGGUCGACAUGGACAAGGAGUACACACUUGCCACGCGCGACUACAUGGUCAGAGGCAAAGAUGGCUUUACCAGCUUGAUGCUGGAAGGUCAGGGUGGCUCGGCGAGAAGCAUCGUGUCUGAUGAGAAUGGUAUGCUCAUCAGCAUGAUCCUUCACCAAUACUUCAUGAGUCUAAAAGUGCUCGGAAAAUGGAAACUUUUCGGAAAAGGCAUGAGCGGUCACUGGGGGAAAAUCCAUGGCUCACUCCAUAAAAGCCAUCCCAUUCUGGAUGCCAGUCCGGUCGCAGCAUCUACAGCAAAUACGGACAAAAUCACGCCUGCGCCCAGUGUCUCGCAAGACGAACAAGUGCAUACGAAUGGCGAGGCUCGUGAAUCGCUCGUCGACCGAGCACAGAAUCACUCUCGUCAAGGCUCGGAUCUGGCUCAUCGACCUUCGAAAUCUCGCAAGCUGAAGCAUGAGGAGUGCACUACAGCAGCAGCAGCAGAUUCUGACAGCGAGGAUGAGCAUGAUCUCCCGGAGGAUCCCAUUCGAGAGCGCGAGUUAUACGUCAUGCGAAAGGUGAUGCGGAAGUGGUGUCGCCUGGCCGGCCUGCAUGGCAAAGCGGAGAUGUGCGCUCAGAAGGGAGAGGAUUUUGCUGUGGCGUGGACGAGAGGCAUUGCUCCGCGACUUGAGGGUCGUAUCAAGAUCGUUGGUGCUGCCGCAUGAGGGUUUGCGUGUAAAGGCCGCUGGGAGUGCCCAGAGCACGAAGGAUGCAGUAUCUCGUGCGAUAUUGGUUCCAAUGCUUGGACCUGCGAAAUUCGAAGUCGGAGCUGUUGCAGGCGGGCUUCGUUGGAAUGAAAGUGCAGGUGGUGUGUUUUGGGAAGAGGGAGAAAGUUGGAGAGCCGGUUGGCAGGCAGAAUCUCAUCGCUAGGCCAAGCCAUGCAUAACGGAAGAAAUAGACCAAAUGGAAUCCGGCUGAGCCAAGGAUUGACAGUGGGAUUACAGUUCGUAGCGGAAACGGUAUGAUGCUGCUCUUGUG